AUGUGUAUAAGAGACAGGCCCAACACGAGGCGGACCUCGAUAAACGGCAAGGCUGGCGGCGGUCGUACCGCAUGGAGAAGGCUGUUCCACAAGCUUGUCANGCGCCAGCAUCCCCAGGGGCCCGCAGCGCAACGCCGGGAGAAGCGCCGUCUAGGAGCUAUCGACGAGGUCGGUGAAGCCCAGGAACACAGGAGAUCUCUCACAGUCCCGGGUCUUCUGUGGUGGCGGCGGGCGUGGUGGCAGCAGGAGAAGCUCAUCGUGCCCACUGNGCCCAUCUACGAGCCCAAGCGGCUUCCGUGGGCCCAACACGAGGCGGACCUCGACAAACGGCAAGGCUGGCGGCGGUCGUACCGCAUGGAGAAGGCCAGUUUCUACAAGCUUGUCGAGCUACUCCGCCCUUCGCUGGCAGUCAACGCCUUCUUCGGCGCACUGCGAUCGCCAAUCAACGGCGCCAUAGCUGUAGAAGUCCGCGUUGCCGUGGCGUUGAGGAUCCUGGCUGGCACUAGUUACUGGGAUGUUGCCCUCAUGUUUGGCUUGUCGGUGCCGACCACGUACCAGAACUUGUGGUCGGUGAUCGACGCCAUCAACAAGACGCCUGCGGUUGGGGCAUUCGANAGGAAAACACCAAACGAUAUGCAUGUCCGCAGAUUGCCGGCACGGCAGGUUACCCGCAAGACAGCAAUGUCUUCGGCGUUCUUCCACCGAAUCUAA